CCGGCCGGAGGCAGCCGAGGCCGCUCGGGCGGCGGCGGGAGCCGGAGCGCAGCGCGCGGAGGAGCGGGAGCGGCGGCACCGCGGGAACCAGACAGUAACCCUGGACUCGAGCGUGGUCAUGCGGGCAGAUGGGCAGUGCUGAAGACCCAGCCUGGCUCCAGCUGCUUCGAAAGGACUCCAGUGCCCCGGGACCCUGGCCCACAGCCCUCUGCUGCCCACAGGAUGGGAGCCUGGGGGAUGGGGGCCCGGCCAUGAAGGACUGCUGCCCCUCCCCGCAAAAGGCCAGCCCUGCACCCCCCAGGCACACCCCUGACCAAAGCCCAGGCAUGGACUCCAGACACAGAAGUCCCGGUGGAGCUGGGGAAGGGGCCUCCUACCCUGAGGGCCCUGGCGGGAGCUUGGCCUGCCCCUCCCCAACCUGUAUCUCUCCCCAGGGGGCAGCCUCCAAGGAGACAUUGGGGGCACAUGGAGCCCCCGUCACAGGGACACUAGAAACCACCUUGUCUGGGAAGCCAGAGCCUGUGUCCUCCGUGAAAACUCAUCCCACAUCCUCAGAGGACAGAAAUCCUGUGUUCUUGGAGAAGACGGAUUCCAAGUCCUCGGAGCAGGCGGCGUCCACAUCCGUGGGAAAGGCAGACACGGGGUCCUCGGGGAAGGCAGAGUCUGCGGUCUGGGGCAAAGGGGGUCCUGGGGCUCCCGGGAAGCCGGACCCUGUGACCCCAGGAAAGGAAGAUCUUGGAUCCUUGGGGACAACAGAUCCUGUGUGCAAGGUGGAUACAAUGUCCCCAAGGAAGGAGGAUCCUGUGUCCUCAGGCAAAGCGGCUUCUGAGUUCCCAAGAAAGGAGGAGCCCAGGUAUUCCAGAAAAGAACCUCCCGUGUCCGCAGAAAAGCCGGGCCCUGCAUCUGUGGGCAAACCAGAUCUCCUGUCCUUGGGAAAGAGAGAGCCUGAGCCUUCAGGACAGUGGGAUCCGACGUCCUUGGGAGACACGGACUCUGCGGGCACGGUAGAGGCAGGGCCUGGGCGGCCGGGGCUGCUGGCUCGCGGGCCGCCGGGCAAUGCCGAGCCUGAACGCCCCGGAGCAGCGGCGCCUGGGGCCUCGGGAAGGGAGGUCCCCGCAGGCUUGGGGACGGCAGGACCGGCGUCUGUGGGAGACGUGGAGACUGCUGCAUCCUCCACAAAAGAGGACGCUGGGUUCCUAGGAACGCCAGAGCCCGACUGCUCAGCCGAGCGGGGCCCCGUGUCUACGGGAACGACAAAACCCGGGUCUGCUGGACACGCAGAUGCCACGUCAAGAAAGACACACCCCGCACCUUCGAAAAACGUGGACCGCCUGUCUUCGGACGAGGUGGGUCCGGCCUGCUUGGGGAAGCCGGAUCCCAGGUCCCCGGGGAAGCCGGAGCCCUCGCCCCCUGGGCAGGCGGAAUGUGUCUCUGUCAGAAAGACAGAGAUGUCGGUGUCCUCAGGCAAAGAGGACCUGGUGUCCUCCAGAAGGGAGGAUCCCACGUCUGUGGGAAAUGUAAAAGCAUUUCCGUCUGAGAAAGAGAAUCCUGGCUCUUCAGGAAAGACAGAGCCUGUGCCCGCAGCCCCGGGGAGCCCCAAGUCCCUGGGGGCGGCAGCGCCCCCGUUGGCAGUGCCAGCGGCGGCAGGGACGGGCGGGAAAGGAGACCCGCUGUGGGGGAAGGCAGGUCCUGUGGCCUCCAGGAAGGUGGGCCCCACAGCCUCGGGGAAGGCUGGUGGCCUGGCCUCGGCGGGCAAGCCGGACCCUGUGGGCAGGGGAAAGGCAGACGCUGUCCCCUCUGGGGACCUGGACUCCUCCAUGUCUGCAGGUACAGUCGUCUCCGCUGCUCCAGGAAAAGCAGCCCUGGUGUCCUCGGGGAAGGCGGAUCCAGUGUCCUCGGGGACAGCAGGAGCCAGCCCAGGGGGGAAGGGGGCUGCUCUGCCGCUGGAGGAGGAGAACCCUGCGAGCCCCACAGGAGAUCCCCGGGCCUCCGGGGCGGCAGAGCCCAGGUCUGGGGCCGCAGCAGAAAGGAAGCUCCCUGCGCAAGAGGCUGCAGCGUCCAGAGGAGCAGAGGCUGUGUCUCUGCAAAAGGAGCUGCCUCAAGCUGCAGAGAAGGUGGAUCCUGGAUCCUCAAGCAGAGCAGACACCGGUGCCCCUGGGAAGGGAGAGCCAGGCUCCCCGGGGCAGGCUGACUCUGCAUCUCCCAGAAAAACAGAGCCCCAGUCCUUGGGCAGGGUGGCUCCCCUGAGUCUGGCCAGGUCCAUCCCCUCCUCCAGGCAGUCCGAUGGCAAACCCUGCGGUUCAGCCCUGUCUCCCCAGGGUGCGGGGAGCAGCAAGGACCACGUGGAGCCAGAGCCGGAGCCCGCACCCAGCGCCGCCGCCAAGGCCUCCACCCUGGGCCAGAAGGACCUGGCAGUCGCUGGGGCCGAGCAAACGCCCCGCCCAGAGGCCGCGCCCGGGCAGCGGACUCGGGACAACUUCACCAAGGCGCCGUCGUGGGAAGCGAGCGCCCCGCCCCCUCCGCGCGAGGACGCGGGCACUCAGGCGGGCGCGCAGCCCUGCGUCUCGGUGGCCGUGAGCCCCAUGUCUCCGCAGGACGACGCGGGGGCCCCGGCUUUCAGUUUCCAGGCGGCGCCCCGUGCGCCCAGCCCGGCGCCCGGGCCGCCCUCGCGCCGCGACGCGGGCCUGCAGGUGUCGCUGGGCGCCGCCGAGACGCGCUCCGUGGCCACCGGGCCCAUGACGCCGCAGGCCGCCGCGCCGCCCGCCUUCCCCGAGGUGCGGGUGCGGCCCGGCUCGGCGCUCGCGGCCGCCGUGGCACCCCCGGAGGCAGCCGAGCCCGUGCGCGACGUGAGCUGGGACGAGAAGGGCAUGACGUGGGAGGUGUACGGCGCCUCCAUGGAAGUGGAGGUGCUGGGCAUGGCCAUCCAGAAGCAUCUGGAGCGACAGAUCGAGGAGCACGGCCGCCAAGGGGCGCCCGCGCCGCCGCCCGCCGCCCGAGCGGGCCCGGGGCGCGUGGGCUCGGUGCGCGCCGCGCCCCCCGACGGCGCCAACAAGCGCCCGCCUGGCCUCUUCCGCGCGCUGCUGCAGAGCGUGCGCCGGCCGCGGUGCUGCUCGCGGGCGGGACCCACGGCCGAGUGACCUGCCCCUUUUCCACGCGCAGGUUUCCAAACUUCUCAGGCUCCCUUCCUGGCCCCGGGCCCCUAGGAGGGAUUCCCUCUGCGCGCAGCAGGCCUGAGGGUGGACGGUCUCUAGAGCCCUCUCAUCAUUCCCCAUCUCUCCGGCCGCGCCCCUCCCCAACACACACGAACCCCUCUACCAAGCUCCGUCGCGUCCGUGAGCCCACGAACCCGGCCAGCCCCGAUGCCCUGUUGCCCCUCACAGCCCUCAGCUCGACUCCCUCUGGGAAGGACCUGCUCAGGGUCCUGCUCAGCACCCCACCCCCCACCCCCGAGAGCCGAGCCAGGCUCUUGAGCUGUCCAGACUGGUGCGUUGAGGUCUCCAGUGGGGCCAGGUGCCCCAGCGGGAGCGACUGCAUGCAGACCUAGUGGUGAGUGCUCCAAGUUGUCAUGGUCAGUGCUAGGCCCGAGCGUGCCGGGCUCUGCAUGUGGGCCCCGGGCAGCAUGGCGGUAGGACGGAGCGUGUGAGUGUGUUUCCACGCAGUGGCGGGCCCCAUUGCCGGGGCGUCUCUUGCAUGCUGUUGGUGGUCCUUCCCCAACUCCUGUCCCCCAGCUACGUGGCCCCAUUCCCCAGCCCAUCCCCCGUCCCACUGGGUCACCCGGUUCACAAUUCCCAGAGAGGCCUAAGGCAGCUGCAGGACGGGCCCUGGGGGCUCAGCUGAGACAGGGAAAGGCCAGAGAGUCUCAGACAGGCCUGGCGGUCACAGCCAGCCUUGCGGAGGGUCUUGGGGCCCUGGCAGCCUAGAGGACAGCUGGUCUUGGGUACUGGGGACAGGACAGCGAGCUCAUUCCACAAUCACAGUUGUCCUUAAAGGCCACCCUCCCCAGCCCCUCCUGUGCUGUGAGCCCCAGAAGUCCCUUGUGACCACUCAGUGUCCCUGCCCCUGCAGCCACAGUUUUUGGCUACAAAGUGUCACAGUAUACAUUGGUAAUAAAAUCUUUCCCCAA